AUCCAAACUCAACUCUUUUUGUUUUUCUAUCUCUCCUCUCUCUCUUCUUUCACCCUCUUAGCUUCAAUCCUCCAUCUUCUUUUCCCAUUCAGAUUCUCAAAAACUCAAAAUUACAUACUUACUUCAACCUCCUCCUUUUUAUUUAUUAUUACUACGUAAUAUUAUUAUUUUACUAUCAAGCUCUGAUAAUUCUUGCUGUUUUCUUUAUUUGAAUAAUCGAGAGUCUAUGGACGGAGAUUCUUCCCACUUCACAUGCAGAGGGAUUUUGUUUAUUCGAUGAAUUCAACUAUAGUUUUCUAGUUAUUUCCGUCCAAAAAGAGGCUCUAGCCAAGUUACAAAUUUCGGAAACAUUACCAAUUCAACUGAUUUCAUUGGAGUGCAAUGGCUCCCAAAACUGGGAAAACCAAACCUCACAAAGCCAAGGGAGAGAAGAAGAAGAAAGAAGAGAAAGUUUUGCCAACCGUCAUCGAAAUUACAGUAGAAACACCAGACGAAUCACAAGUUACCCUCAAGGGCAUCUCUACAGACAAGAUCCUAGACGUGAGAAAGCUUUUAGCGGUACACAUUGAUACUUGUCACUUCACUAACUUCUCCUUAUCUCAUGAGGUGCGAGGCGCGAGGCUGAAAGACACAGUGGAAAUCGUGUCGUUAAAACCCUGCCAUCUCACCAUCGUCCAAGAGGACUACACAGAAGAGCUUGCAGUGGCGCACGUUCGGCGGCUCCUUGAUAUCGUCGCCUGCACAACCUCCUUCGGCUCCUCCUCCAAACCCCUCGCCACCAAAUCCAAAGACCCCACCGAACCCGCUUCAGAAAAUGGGUCGGAAACAAGCCCCAAACCCAAACCCAAACCCAAACCCAAAGCCGGGGACCCGAAUUCGGAAUCGGGCAAUGCGAAACCCGAGAAAGUGGACGGUGACAUCUCAAUGUGUCCACCACCCAGACUCGGACAGUUCUACGAUUUCUUUUCCUUUUCACACCUUACGCCGCCGUUUCACUACAUACGAAGAUCGAAUCGUUCAUUCCUUGAGGAUAAGACAGAAGAUGAUUUCUUUCAGAUUGAUGUUAGAAUUUGUAGUGGAAAACCGACCACAAUUGUCGCUUCUAGAAUAGGAUUCUAUCCUGCUGGAAAACGUCUUCUUGUGAGUCAUACUUUGGUGGGUCUUCUUCAGCAGAUAAGCAGAGUGUUUGAUGCUGCCUACAGAGCUCUUAUGAAAGCGUUCACAGAACAUAAUAAAUUUGGCAAUCUUCCUUAUGGCUUUCGUGCAAACACAUGGGUUGUCCCUCCAGUUGUUUCUGACAAUCCAUCGGUCUUUCCCCCACUUCCCGUUGAAGAUGAAACUUGGGGAGGAAAUGGGGGUGGACAAGGCAGAGAUGGUAAGCAUGAUAAGAGACAGUGGGCCAGGGACUUUGCAAUUCUAGCAGCAAUGCCUUGUCAGACUGCAGAGGACCGACAAAUUCGAGAUAGGAAAGCCUUUCUGCUUCAUAGUUUAUUUGUUGACAUAUCAGUCUUCAAGGCAGUGUCCGCGAUAAAGCAUUUAGUAGAUGUUAAACAGAACUCUUUAAGUAAUUCAGCCAUGCCAACUUCCUAUGAAGAAAGAAAUGGAGAUUUAACUAUUAAGGUGACAAGAGAUGUAUCUGACGCAAGUUUGAAGUUGGACUGCAAAAAUGAUGGGAAUCGGGUUCUUGAAUUGUCAGAGGAAGAACUAGCUCAGAGAAACUUGCUCAAAGGCAUUACCGCUGAUGAAAGUGCAACUGUUCAUGAUACUCCUACUUUAGGUGCCGUACUUAUAAGACAUUGUGGCUACACAGCUGUGGUAAAGGUUUCAGCUAAGAUUGAUUUGGAGGGGAGUCCUAAUUCCUUGGAAAUUGAUAGUGAGGAGCAGCCUGAAGGAGGUGCAAAUGCAUUGAAUGUUAACAGCUUAAGGAUGCUGUUGCAUAGGUCAUCUACACCCCAACCAUCUAAUGUUAUUCAACGAAUCCAAAACACAGAUAUUGAAAAUUCACGUUCUGCUCGGCAUUUGGUAAGGAAUGUCCUAGAGCAAAGUUUACUGAAACUGAAGGAAGAAACCACUAAAAGUAGUAAGUCUAUCAGAUGGGAACUUGGGGCAUGUUGGGUGCAACAUUUACAAAACCAAACUACAGGGAAAACGGAACCCAAAAAGGGCGAAGAAGCUAAAGUUGAACCAGCUGUAAAAGGUCUUGGGAAGCAAGGUGGAUUACUAAAGGAAUUGAAGAAAAAGAUUGAUAUCAGAAACUCCAAAGUUGAAGAAGGGAAGGAUAUUUCCACAUGUAAUGGCAUUGACAUAAACAAGCCAGAAGCCACUCAACAAGAAUCACAGAGACAAGAUGAAGAAAAGGAAACUAUAUGGAGAAAGCUGCUUCCAGAUGCUGCUUAUACACGCCUUAAAGAAUCCAAAACUGAUCUUCAUUUGAAGUCACCUGAUGAAUUGAUGGAUAUGGCACAUAAAUAUUAUGUUGAUAUUGCACUUCCAAAGCUGGUGGCAGAUUUUGGGUCCCUUGAACUCUCACCUGUUGAUGGAAGGACAUUGACUGAUUUCAUGCAUACCAGGGGCUUGCAAAUGUCUUCCUUAGGACGAGUGGUUGAGCUUGCAGAUAAACUUCCUCAUGUGCAAUCACUAUGUAUUCAUGAGAUGGUUGUUCGAGCCUACAAGCAUAUCUUGCAAGCAGUGGUUGCAGCAGUUGACAAUGUUUCUGAAUUGGCUUCAUGUAUAGCAUCAUGCUUAAAUAUAUUGCUGGGAACACCAUCACCUGAAACUAAUGAUGAAGAUAUUACUAUUUGUCAUGAACUGAAGUGGAGAUGGGUAGAAAUCUUCCUCUUGAAGAGGUUUGGGUGGCAAUGGAAGUAUGAAAGUGGCCAAGAUUUGAGAAAGUUUGCCAUUCUUCGUGGACUCUGCCAUAAGGUUGGACUUGAGCUGGUUCCUAGGGACUUUGAUAUGGAUAUAGCAUCUCCUUUCAGAAAGACGGAUAUUGUGAGCAUGGUCCCCAUAUAUAAGCAUGUGGCUUGCUCGUCUGCUGAUGGCCGCACACUAUUGGAAUCAUCUAAGACUUCCUUGGAUAAAGGUAAAUUGGAGGAUGCUGUCAACUAUGGCACAAAGGCACUUUCGAAAUUGGUGUCAGUAUGUGGGCCUUACCAUAGAAUGACAGCAGGAGCUUAUAGUCUCUUGGCUGUUGUGCUGUACCAUACUGGAGAUUUCAACCAGGCAACUAUCUAUCAGCAAAAGGCACUAGAUAUUAACGAGAGAGAGCUUGGACUGGACCAUCCUGAUACCAUGAAAAGUUAUGGGGAUCUUGCUGUUUUCUAUUAUCGACUCCAACAUACAGAGUUGGCUUUAAAGUAUGUCAAUCGUGCUUUGUAUCUUUUGCACUUAACUUGUGGACCUUCACAUCCAAACACUGCUGCUACCUACAUUAAUGUAGCAAUGAUGGAAGAAGGCUUGGGGAAUGUCCAUGUUGCUCUCAGAUACCUUCACGAGGCUUUAAAAUGUAACAAAAGAUUACUUGGAGCUGAUCAUAUACAGACAGCUGCAAGCUAUCAUGCAAUAGCUAUUGCUCUUUCUUUAAUGGAAGCAUACUCACUAAGUGUUCAGCAUGAACAAACCACCCUCCAGAUCCUGCAGGCCAAACUUGGCUCUGAUGAUCUAAGGACACAGGAUGCAGCUGCGUGGCUAGAAUACUUUGAGUCAAAGGCUCUUGAGCAACAGGAGGCUGCACGGAAUGGUACACCUAAACCGGAUGCCUCAAUCUCCAGCAAAGGUCAUUUAAGUGUGUCAGACCUCUUGGAUUACAUAACACCUGAUGCUGAUCAGAAAGCAAGAGAAGCACAGAGAAAGGCCCGUGCAAAGUUAAAGGGAAAACCAGGCCAAAACUGGGAAACAGCUUCAGAUGAAAAUCAAAAGGAUGAAGACAUGUCUCAAGAUUAUUCAAUUACAGAGACUACAAGUGAUAAAGAAAAUAAAUCUGAAACUCAAUUUGAAGAAAAUGGAAUUGACAAUGUUGAGUCCACUCACUUAGACCAAGCAAUGCUCAGUGAAACUAAUAACCUGCCACAGGAUGACAGCUCAGAUGAAGGAUGGCAGGAGGCUGUUCCCAAAGGUCGUUCACUCACUGGGCGUAAGUCAUCUUCAUCAAGGAGGCCUACCCUGGCAAAAUUGAAUACUAACUUCAUGAAUGUUUCCCAAUCAUCAAGAUAUCGGGGCAAGCCCACCAACUUCUCUUCUCCAAGAACAAAUUUAAAUGAGAAUAUUGCUGGGCCACCCCCUCAUGUUCCGAAAAAGUUUGUUAAGAGUGCAAGCUUCAGUCCUAAGCUGAAUGGCACCAACGCUCCUGCUACUGGAGCAGAGAAGUUAGCAGACUCAAAGUCAGCUCCCACCAGCCCAGCUCCAAGCGAUCAAAGCGCUAAACCAGCUCCUGCUGGCAGUGGUGUCAGUGUCCAGUCAGCAGGUAAGCUGUUCUCUUACAAAGAAGUAGCCUUGGCCCCACCAGGAACAAUUGUGAAGGCAGUGGCUGAACAGUCACCAAAAGGAAAUCCUAUUGUUCAACAGAAUCCUGAGGUGAGUCCCAUGAGAGUUGCAACAAAGGAGACUCAAAAUAAUGUGGCAGCAACAAAUGAUGUGGGAGAUUAUGCUCAUAAAUCAAUUGAUGAGAAACAGUCAAGCACUGUCCAUGAAGAACAUAAAGAGAAGGAACCGGCAGUGGGGAAAGAUAAUAAAGAAACAGUAAAUAUUAGUACGGCCAGAGAUGAGGCUGUUGAAGUUAAACCCCUUGAAGAAAACAAUGUUACUGUGAUAGAAAAGAAAAUUGAAACUGGAAACGUCACUGUUACGGAGGUUGAGAAUUCUGGGGUUUUAAACAAUAUAAACAACGGUGCUUCUAAAGGUGCAUCAGAUAUACAAGUGCACGAAAGUAGUCAAGCAACUUCCCACAAUAUAAAUACCCUAACCAUUUUAGUCGAAGAUGAAAAACAGUUACUUGACAAUGAUGCCUCUGUAUCAAAAGAUAAGGUUACUGAGGAGGAUGGGAAACAACAUGAAUUCCCCAGUGAUAAUACAGUUAGUAAGCCACUUCCAUCAGAAGGAGAAAAGCAAGAAAUAGAAACAGGAAAGGAAUCAACCAAGAAACUUUCUGCAGCUGCACCACCAUUUAAUCCAUCCACAAUUCCAGUUUUUGGAUCUGUUCCUGUUCCAGGUUUCAAAGAUCAUGGAGGUAUUUUGCCCCCACCAGUAAAUAUUUCUCCUUUGCUUCCAGUCAGUCCCCGAAGAUCCCCACACCAGUCAGCAACAGCUAGGGUUCCAUAUGGUCCACGAAUAUCUGGUGGCUAUAACAGAUAUGGGAACCGUGUUCCCCGGAAUAAAACUGUGUUCCACUCUGGUGAACAUUCCAAUGAUAGUAACCCCAACAGCCCCCCCAGGAUAAUGAACCCACAUGCCACAGAGUUUGUACCUGGUCAACAUUGGGUACCCAACGGUUAUGUAGUGCCUCCUAAUGGAUACAUGGCUUCUCCAAAUGGCAUUCCAGCGUCUCCUAAUAGUUUUCCCCCAGUGUCUCCCAAUGGUAUGCCAGUUUCACCCAGUGGAUAUCCUGCCUCAUUAAAUGGUAUCCCAGUGAAUCAAAAUGGGUUUGUAACAUCUCCAACCACUUCAACUGAUUCAGCACAAGUUGUAUAUGUUGAAACUGAUCUUGAAAACAGAAAUCAUGCUCUAGAUGAGGAAAAUAAAGAUGCUUUCUCAACAGAUGUGAGUUCUGAAAAGCAGCAAGUUGAGCAAACUACUAAAGAAGAACCAUCUGCCAGCAAUGAAAGUUCUUCUCCUAAAGUAGAAGAAAAGCAGGCAGAUCUCAUGCCCUCAGCUGGUUGCAGUAAAGAGGAUAAAGUAGCCAACAAGGACACAGAAGAUGAGAAAAAGCCAACCAAGUGUUGGGGAGAUUAUAGUGACAGUGAAGCUGAUAUGAUUGAGGUCACAAGUUAAGGAAUGAUAAACUUUUCUAAGUAAAAAGGAGAAAAAAAAAAAUAUUGCAGGGGUUUAAUGCCUAUCAAGAUACCAGAUGCCAGGGAUUAACUGGACUGAGGUCUUUGAUCUGAAUUUUCAUUGCAGAACUGAUUACUUAUAAGGAAAUGUGAAAGUUUCAUACAUCUUGGUACAUAUACGUCCACUAGGGGUUCUAAUUUACACCAUGUUUCCGGAAGAAGGUUGCCAUGAGUCAUGACCGCGGAAGGGGAAGGCUUUGUUGAGCAGCUAGCUAUUUGGCAAUAUAUCUUGAAUUGUUUUAAUCUUUUCCUGCUAUUUGUUUGUUAAAAAUGGAGUUGUAGCUUUGAGGGCAUAAUACUUUGACGGCUGAUAACUAGGUUGGAGUUGCGCGAAAAUAAGGUCUCAAUUUUCAGGCCCGUAUUUGGUUUUCCGAGUUGUAGAAGUAGCCCUUACAUCUCUAGGAAUUUGUUCAUAUUUUUAUUUUCUAAUGGCAUCUUUCAUAUGAUGAAUAACAAUAUUUGGCAGUAAAUAUGCCUGGCUUGAAAAUCAGUAAGUAAUUUUAGGUGGAGGGAAACACGGUUUACUUCAAAUCACCUCUUAGUGAUUUCUCAAAUUUACAGUUUUUUCCCUCGUUAAAUAAUAUUAUUUAGUUAAUAAU